AUGAAGGUACUUUUCAAGAAGAAAUCUCCGUACAAAGCCAAAGACGAGCAAGGCAAGAGAGCCCCCCGCUCGCCAACGGAGAACAAAACAAACAGGCGUGAAAUGGAAUGUGACAAGAAAAGCAACGACUCGGAAGGCAUCGAUCAAGGCAGGAACUGUAAAAUGUCUCCGGUGACUCUCAACGUCGGCGGCUAUCUGUAUGUCACACAAAGGCAAACCCUGGCCAAGUAUCCAGAUUCCCUGUUGGAAAGAGUUGUCAACGGGAAAAUUCUGUGCCCGGCUGACGCAGAUGGCCAUUAUUUCAUAGACAGGGAUGGGUUGCUAUUCAGGCAUGUCCUGAACUUCCUCCGGAACGGAGAGCUGCUUCUGCCGGAGGGGUUUAAAGAAAACCAACUUCUGGCCCAGGAGGCGGAAUUCUUCCAGCUUAAAACGUUAGCCGAGGCGGUGAAGUCCAGGUGGGAGAAAGAGCAGCAGGCGUCCAGGGAGACCACCUUCCUGGAAAUCACAGACAGCCACGACCGCUCCCAGGGCCUCCGGAUUUUUUGCAACGCUCCUGACUUCAUCGCAAAGAUAAAAUCCCGCAUUGUUUUGGUGUCCAAGAGCAGGCUGGACGGCUUUCCAGAAGAGUUCUCCAUCUCUUCCAACAUCAUACAGUUUAAAUACUUCAUAAAGUCGGAAAAUGGAACCCGGCUGGUUUUGAAGGAAGACAACACUUUUGUUUGCACCCUGGAAACGCUUAAGUUCGAGGCGAUUAUGAUGGCCCUCAAAUGUGGAUUUCGGCUGCUGACCAGCCUGGAUUGCUCCAAGGGCUCCAUUGUGCACAGCGACGCACUUCAUUUUAUCAAGUAA